AUGCACACGCGAACAUAUCGAUAUCGACAACUCAAAGGAUUACAUUCAAUAAGAUUACUUCGUUUUCUGCCUGACUCCAACAGUGAAGACAUACGCUGUACAAUCGACGAGUACGAUACAGAAGCAAAGCACAUCCCUUAUGCAGCACUUUCAUACGUCUGGGGAGAUGCUAGAGUCCGGCACGCCAUCACGAUAGAUGGCAAAACUGCAUACGUCACGUCCAAUCUUAAAGAAGCUCUGGCACAUCUAGCCGGCGAGUUCUCCGAAUGGAGCUUUUGGAUUGAUGCUAUCUGUAUUGAUCAAGAUAACACAGAGGAGAAGAUCAAUGCAGAUGGAGUAGUGAUGUGGCUGGAUCCGGGGAACGAGGAAAUCGAGCGAUUAAAAUUGGUGAUAGAGUCACACUACAAACACUGCCCCUUUCUCCAUGAGUCGAUCGAAAGCUGUAAGCUUUUCAUAGAUGCCGGUCUCGUCGCCGCGAUGCAGCAUCUCGUGCAACACCCGUACUGGUAUCGAGUGUGGAUUAUCCAGGAAAUUGUCGUUUCCAAGAGUACAAUAUUAAUGUGUGGUACUACGAUGCUGCACUGGCCUCAUCUUUCGCAAUUUCUUGGACUAGUACACUUCGGCCACUUCACACUCCCGCACCGGCUGAGAGUUAAACAAGAUGGCCCCGGGGGUCAGACUUUUCAUAUCCAUCGUUUGUACUCCAUGUCUCGAACUUCCCUGGACUUGGCCAAUGCCUUGGUAUUCUCCUUCUCGAGCUUUGCGACCGACAGUCGCGAUGAAAUCUAUGCACUUCUCGGUUUACUGAACACAGGGGCUGGUCGUCUUAUCUCGCCCGACUACACACUUUCGCCAUGCAACGUCUACUGUCUUGCCAUUCGCGCCAUGUUGUGGCAUGGGAGAAUCGACAGCAUACCUUUGGCAUGCUUAGACGACACUUUUCGGCGCGAGCGAGCACCAGGAGGUAAGAAAGCAGGGCGAUUGCGGCGGUCAUCGAACCGUUUCCCGUUCAAAGGGUUCAGAAGUCCAGUCAAAAAGAAAGUCCCCACAGAUACAGGAUGCAAUGGGAUCGAGUGUGGGACCCGAUUCAAUAUGCGGCACGUUGCAAUGUGGCACAAUUAUCCCGAACUCACACCAUCGACUCCGAUAAUCAGCCAACCACCGGUGGACUUGCCCUCUCCAUCGGGCAUAAUGGAUACCGUUAGGAUCGCACAUUGGCACAAAUUCUUCACAGAGUACAACACGACCUCGCUUAUCAAACAGUGUGAUGAUAUCGAAACCAAGAGACCUUUUUACAACGGGACCGCUAAGCACAUGGUGCUUGCUGGACUGUACCUGGGCCUUCAUCCAGUUCAAACUUAG